AUGGCCCAUGAAUGCUUGAUUGUGCUCUGCAAGAACAUGUGUGAAUACAGCAACGUAUCGUAUGAAACGGAGAAGGACUGCAGUAACAUCGUGGAGCAUCGCGUGGUGCAUUUACUGAACAAACGUUACGAUCUGACAGUUAUGGGCUACAAGUAUUUGGAAAUUGGAAUUAACGUUGACCGAGUUACGUGGAGAUCGCUCUGGGAGAUCAUCAUGGAUACGAACUGUCUCUCGAAACGUGGAAGGGCCUCUACGAGCAACGAUGGAAUAUUUACAAGAGAGAAUAUUUAUAAGCUGCGAAACAAAUACAAGGACAAUUUUAUAAGCGUUGUACUGCUAACCGUCAGAGUUUGA